AUUUUUUUACAAAACAGCUGACUACUAAAACGUGCUGCACGGCUGUCUGAUAAAACUUGUGCAGAAUUUGUGUAAUUCAGUUUAAGUGUAAUUACUCAUAUAUUUCUUUUCAAAAAACCAAUGUAUUAAACUCGAAUAUGUUGUUGUUCUGCCCUCAAUGCAGUAACAUAUUAAUGGUAGAACAAGGUACCACUGGACAUCGUUUUUCAUGCAACACCUGUCCCUAUAUAUUUAACGUAAAUAGGAAAUCGUCAACAAAAACUUUUCCACGUUUAAAGGAAGUUGAUCAUGUUAUGGGCGGUGCAGCUGCCUGGGAGAAUGUAGAUUCUACUGACGCCGAGUGCCCCUCUUGUUCUCAUAAGAAGGCAUACUUUAUGCAAAUGCAAACACGUUCUGCUGAUGAACCAAUGACCACUUUCUAUAAAUGUGCUAAUCAAUUGUGCGGUCACAAUUGGCGCGAUUAACUU